AUGCAGCUUCGAAGAAAUACAGUCGUGGCUGCCGUGCGACUUGUCCGGCCGCUCGUCAAGGCGAGCAACGCCCGAGGAUUAGCGAGCUGUCCCUUGCGGGUGCACAACAGCGGAACAUCUCCCAAAGCGUCGGCGUCUUGUGCGGCCGUGCAGAAGUUGUUGCCGAGGGCACCAUGUAGACAGGUCACCUCCACGACGACCACCCAACAGAGACAGGUUGCGGAGGUCGAUGAUCGUGGGCAAGUCUCCGACGAACGGCCAGCGAAGGACGCGGUAAAUAGUCACGAGCUGCACGAGAAAUGGGGCUGGAAGACCUCUGACCCUCUCUACUGGCCCUACAAGAUAAUGGGCGUCUUCUCGACCAAGAACACGAACGCCCUGUCCUCCGCGCGGAUGCUGCAGACCUGCCUCAACAACGCAGAGUGCACGGAGUGGUAUUCGGAUGGAAAGAUCAGCAACGAGUUCCUCCCGAAGCUUUUGUGGCUCAGCACCAACGUGUGGCUCAUGUCCCGCCGACUACUCCGAGAGGGGGAACGGGGGAAGAAGGUCCAGGAGCUGCUGUUCGACGAGCUGUGGCGCGAGACAAAGCGGCAGAUGCGCUCCAUCGAGGUAUCCGAAAUGAUGCUCAAGAAGUAUCUCGCUGAAGCUCAGCAGCACACGUUCAUCACCCUUGUGCAGUUUGACCAUGCUUACACCCUCGAGUCUCGGGAGGAGCGUAUGGACGUCCUCACGAGCGCCCUGUGGAGAGGUGUCUACAUGAGCGACGAGAGCAUCAAGGAGCCGCAUGUGCGGGUGCUGGCGGAGUACGUUGACGCGGAACUCGCCGACAUUUACGCGGUAGAUGCGUCGGAAUUCUUCGCCGUGUGCAUUGAGUUUGCCCCGCCCCCUACGGCGGAGCUGAAGGCCGCCAGCAAGAAGGUGGCGAAAGGAGGCGGAGGCAAGCGUUCGUCGAGAAAGGGCACGGUGGCGGCAGCACCAGGACUAGAGGGGGGUGCCGCCGAUUCAACGGCCGCGGGCAGGGGGGGUGGCAUCGGGGAGAAGGUCCACCACGGAGACUUCGGCAGCGGGGAUGGGAGGGAGGGGAGAUGGCGCGCUUGCCUGGCGGAGAGCGGAAAGGUGUACUACUGGCACACGGUUUCCAGGGAGGUGACGUGGGAUAGACCAGCGGGCGCCGAAGCGUAUGUUCCAAGCGUAAUGCCCAAGGCGGACCAGACACUCACGGCGGCAGCGUGAGAUGACUGCUGUAGCGAUAGCGCGGCCUGCUCACUCUCGAUGGCUCCUGGUACCUGGAGCAAAAGUACGUGAGCGCUGGGCCCGUGGAUUUUACUUCCUCCUUAUCCCAGCUCCAUGCUUGUGGGCGCAGACGAACGCCGAUCCAAGGAUGACGCCUGUUUUUCGAGCCCCUCUCGGUUCAUCUUUGCGAGGCCUGCUCUGUCUAGAUGUGGUGUUCAGCUCCUGUUUUUGGUCUCCUGUGAAGCGACUUUGAUAUCUGAAAUAUUGAUAUUCGUAUCACGUUCGUGUCGUUGGUUGGUUGG